UCUGUCUUUCUGGGACUGACUCACUCUGGCUGUUCAGGAUCUGGGCUUAGGGCUUUGCUGUUGGCCUUCAUAGCGAGAAGAAGUUGCUUUCACUGUGGGCUGAAUUGAGUGGUCUCUGGUGGCCUGGACUUGAAGCAGCAGGACUGCCCCACGUCUCAAAGGCUGGAAGCCACGGAGUUGUGAUUAGCAAGAAGUUUGGAGGCUCUUUGCUGUCUCGCUGUAUUAGCUCAUGCUCAUGGCUGAAGACUGAGGCCAGUCUGUGUAUCACUGAACAAAGUAGCCAGAGAUGACAGCCAACAGCAUGCCUAAGCAAGUGGAGGUGCGGAUGCACGAGAGCCACCUGGAGCCCAUUGAGGCCACUCCACGCUCCAAAUGUGCCCUCCUCUGCCAGAAGCUGCGCAAGAACCUGCUCCUCACACUCACUGUUCUGGGUGUGAUAUUAGGAGCAGUAGCUGGUAUGCUUCUGCGUGUAGCCUCUCCGAUCGAUGACAAUAUUGUCAUGGUUAUUGCAUUCCCUGGAGACAUUCUGAUGCGGAUGCUAAAGAUGCUCAUCCUUCCUCUCAUCAUAUCCAGUUUAAUCACAGGUCUUGCAGGUCUGGAUGCUAAGUCUAGCGGCCGUCUGGGUACCAGAGCAAUGGUUUAUUACAUGACCACUACUGUAAUCGCUGCUGUUCUGGGAGUUAUACUGGUGCUGAUCAUCCACCCCGGUAACCCCAAACUAAAGGAAAACCUCGGGGAGGGACUCAAGAAUGAUGAAGUCUCCAGUCUUGAUGCCUUCUUUGAUCUCAUCAGGAAUCUCUUCCCUGAGAACUUGGUUCAGGCUUGCUUCCAGCAGAUCCAGACUGUCGUGAAGAAGGUUGAGGUUCAGCCAGAUUUUGAAGACACCAACAGUACCAUGGAUGACUUUCUCUCUGGUGCCACUAAGCCGCCUCCCAUAUUCAAGGAUAAGAAAUCCCUGCAGUUCAAGAGUGGAAUGAAUGUUUUGGGUCUGAUUGGAUUCUUUAUUGCCUUCGGUAUCUGCAUGGGGAAGAUGGGAGAGAAGGCAAGGCUCAUGAUUGACUUCUUCAACAUCCUGAAUGAGAUUGUGAUGAGGCUGGUCAUCAUGAUCAUGUGGUAUUCUCCCUUUGGUAUUGCUUGCCUGAUCUGUGGCAAGAUUAUCUCCAUCAAAGAUCUGGAGGUGGUGGCCAGACAGCUGGGGAUGUACAUGAUCACAGUCAUCAUCGGACUCAUCAUUCAUGGAGCCAUAUUCCUCCCUUGCAUUUAUUUUGCCAUUGUGAGGAAAAAUCCCUUCAGCUUCUUCAUGGGCAUCUUCCAAGCCUGGAUUACUGCCCUGGGAACAGCCUCAAGUGCUGGAACACUGCCGGUCACUUUCCGCUGUCUGGAGGAGAACCUGGGCAUUGACAAGAGAGUAACCCGCUUUGUACUGCCCGUUGGUGCAACAAUUAACAUGGAUGGCACUGCUCUUUAUGAAGCUGUAGCUGCUAUCUUCAUUGCUCAGAUGAAUGGUGUCAACCUGGACCCUGGUCAGAUUGUCACAGUCAGUCUUACAGCUACACUGGCCAGUGUUGGAGCAGCCAGCAUCCCCAGUGCAGGGCUGGUAACCAUGUUACUCAUUCUGACAGCCGUGGGACUGCCCACUCAGGAUAUCAGUCUACUUGUAGCUGUUGACUGGCUUCUGGAUCGUUUCCGCACUUCAGUCAAUGUGGUGGGCGACUCAUACGGGGCUGGCAUCGUUUAUCACCUGUCCAAGGCGGAGCUGGACGCCCUGGACGCCCAGCAUGGAAAAUCUGACGACAUCGAGAUGAUGACCAAGACGCAGUCCUAUUACGAUGACCUCAAGAACCACCAUGAAAACAACUCCAACCAGUGCGUCUAUGCUGCUCACAAUUCAGUCUUGGUAGAUGAAUGCAAGGUAACCUCGGCAGCCACGAAUGGCUCAACUGCAGAGUACACACUUGAAGAGGAACCACGGAAAAGUGAUUAACGCGAGCACACAGACACCCUGUGUCCGAGCCCCCAAGCUUUCUUAUCUGGUGAAAAAAAAGAGAGAAAAAAAAAACACUAAAAUCAUGCACACGGAACAAAUGAUGGGUUUUGUAGUUUAGGCUUCAAUUAUUCCCAUUACAGUUUGUUUAACAACCUGUUUGAGUGUCUGAAAUAACAUGUACUAAUGCUAAAAAGGGUUAGAACCACACUGUCUGAUAGUGCACUAACGUGCCUAUGAGCUAACACUUGCGCAGCGGAUAGCAAGGCUUUGGAGGGUAAAAGGAGAAAUAAUAUACAAUGCAAAUUAAAUUAUUUCUGAUGGUAAUAUAUAUAUAUACUGUAUGCACGCUGUUUCUUUCAAAUCUAUGGUACGUAGUUUAUUGGUGGGGGGAGGGGGGAUCGAUGAAUGCAGUUAGUGGUGUAUGAGCUGGCUCUUCAGAAUGUAGGGAGAGAAUACACAGAUAACCCAGCAGUUCAGCUUGAACUAAAUACUGUACUAAGCCUGUGCAGAGCCAAUGCCCUUACAGUUCAUAUUCUCUUUAGAGCAAUAGUUAUCUACUCUGUAACCUCUGCCCUGUUUUACCUCACUCCAUGACCUCUGACCUACCCGGAGCAAAUUUUUAUUGGAGCGUGUCUUCAAUCCUCAGUGAUCUGCAGGGAGUUCUGUUGUUACUAGGCUACACAAGUGGGGUAGAGGCCACUGCACAUGCUCAUAGGUACUAAAAGCACGAGCCAUGUUGAGACUGAAUGCCUCCCCCUCCAGAAUCUUUCGACCACUCUGUCCCUUUUCUCUAAGGGUCCAGUGGGCUUCUUUUUUCUUUUUUUGGAUGGGCAUGAUUGUUUUAGUGUGUAGGUGGCACUGAGGCAUAUAUGCACAUCAGAGAAUAGGCCAAACAAGCAGCAGCCUACAGCUUCAUUGACAUUCACCGAAAUUGACUUGAUUAGCGAACACUCUAUUUUUAGCCAAUUCAAAGCACACAAAGCCAGAGCCUAAUGAAAUACCACUCACUACUGAUAAUUAAUAAUUCAGAUAAAUGAUGCUUAUUAUCUCAGUAUUUCAAAGGCGCUGAGCCUUUUUUAGAAAAUCGAUUUGCUUUGUUGGAAAGUUAAUUAUUCACAUUUAAGUUAUGCAUUUGACUCACUUGAGGAGAACACUGCAAGUAUCAAAAAAUGAAUAUGUGUAAACUUCACCUGCCCAAGAUGUCUUCAGAUGAAAGCUCAUUUCUUCUCUAAUCUGUAGACUGUAGAAUGUUAGAUACUCAGGCAAAUGAAAAAAUGCACUCAUUGUUGUCAGGGAAGACACAUUCCUAAUGCAGGCAGUUGAAAUAUUUUAUAUUAAGCCCUCUUAGCAUGCUGGAGAGUAAUUGUUUACCUGUUUACAAAUUCACAGUGGGUUUACAGAUUGCCAAAUGCCUAUUGCCUUUAUAUUUGUAAAAGCUUGCACUGUUUUAUAUUGGCUUUCUCACACUGCUUAUCACUUAUCCACGUUUAAAGGUUUUUUUGUUUUUUUUUUUACCUAAGAAAGCAAGCAUACCCCCCAAAAGAAAUCAUUCGAACCAUUUGAAAAGCACAUUUUAAGGAACAAUGUUAAGGCUGACAUUCCAAUUCAAAUUACCUUAGCUUGUUUCCUUCUUUAAAAGCACAGAGGAAAAUACAAUCACAAAUUAGUAAUAAAACAAUAGUAAUAAAAUGUCCUGGUAUAUGAGGAAAAAUGCAAGGCAGAGGGAUAACUGAAUCUGGAAGACAACAAGAGUGCACAAGUGAGUCCAUAGCACUACUAGUGCUAAUGUCUUAGAGCCAGUGUGAGUGUAUUAGUGCCAGCAGCUGCUCUCCUUAUCUACCCUAGCAGUCUCUGUUUAUAUGAUGUUCCUCCUCAGAAGCACAUGACUGUUCUGGCAGCCCCAGUAUGCUGCAAUACUUACCUACAUCUGACUGUCAAAGACUGACCAAUGGCAGGACAUACCUCCAAGAAUUAUAGCCACUGUCACCAGGAAUGCUGAGGACUGUCAUGGAACCAAAAGAAAUGGCAUUAAAACUGACACUCAUGCAUGCACACACAGCCAUGGUAAGAUGCAAGAUUGGAUGGAUGUCAGGAAUUUUCUUGUUGACCUCCUUUAAACUCAGCCUUGCCUCUAAAGCGUUAACCAGUGCGUCUAGUGAGUUUGACCAUUCUGAAAAGCUUGUUAAUGUGUUUAGAAAGUUUAGGAAGCUUAUCACUCACAUUCAUAGUUUUGUCCCGUUUUUAAAAUGUUAUUUCACCUUUUUUAUUUUUAUUUUUUGUCCCCUGACUUUAUAAUAAAAAUGCCGCUUUGUGAAGAGCAGUAGCUUAUGGCGAAAACGCACAGCUCAUUGAUCUUUCACCCAACUUUUUUCUGUGCCAAGAGAAUCGUCAUCACGCCCCUGCAUUGCGUUUUGAUUGGAUGUUUCCACAUGCAGAAAAUUUCAGUGGGUAUCUAAUGUGACCGGGCGCGAAAUCUGAUGUUGAUCCGAUGAGGUUCGGGAUCCAGAUGCAGAUGCCCUGUUACGUAAGGACUGUCAUCAACUGCAACGUUUUGAGCUCACUGUUACAGGAUGGACAUUUCAUUCUUUUUGCACCAGCUUCUUAAAAGCGUGAAUUGAAAGUGCCUCCUUGCACUUUUUGUACAUAUUGUAGGUAACAGAUUUUGUUUUCUUUUAUUUUUCAGUGGGGAAACAUGUAGUGUUUAAUUGUGUGAGCUUUUUUUGUAAUCUAAUAGAAAUGUAUUCUCUAUGUAAUGCAUACAAGGACGUAGAUUAGAAAAUGUAUAGAGAUGAGUGUAAUAAACUGCUUGUUUUAAGCUUAAA